CGGGCAGAGGCGGAGAGGACGACACACGCAGCAGAGGCGCGAGGCGGCGAGCACAGGCAGCGAGCGGAGGCGCCAAGAUGCGGCUCCGACGCCCCGAGAAACGCAGAAAAACACCCCGAAAUGACGCACCGGCCACGGCAGACGACGGGGGAUAGACCCGGCCGGAGAAAUGGGAAUUCGCUUUGAUUCUUCGCAAGUUGCGUCAUCGAAGAAAUGAAAGAUUUUCACCCCAGCUUAAAGGUUGACAUUUAGCCACCCUGAGUUGACGAAUCAAGAUGCUUCACUCCAAGAUCGAUGCAUUGGAGACAUGAGUGAUGGAGAAAAGAGGGUCGGACUUCGAAGAAAAAGAAGACAUCUCUACCCCAUUCAGCGGGAUAUUGCAGAAGUGGAGACAUCCUUGUUUAACACGAAGAUGGCAGGCGAUUUGGCAGUUAGCCAAAUUUUGACAAGAUGAAAACUAUGACUGGACUUUUGACGUUUGGAUUUUUCUUUUUUUUUUUUUUGAACCCACAACACGGACUUUGGAACACGUCGCUGGCUGUAUAUUGGACUCGCAUUAAAAGAAACUUUUUUUUUCUUUUUUGGGAGAAACAAAAGCAAAAACAAAAAAAAAAUUGCAUUUGUAUAUAAUUCAAAUGUUGUUUUGAAUAAAGUGUAUGUACUCGUACUUUUUUCCUGCCUUUGUUUCAUUAGCUAAUUACCCCGAACACUUUCGCAACUGUUAGCUAGCAAAUGCUAGCGCUCGUUUUCCUCACUAAAGAUCAGUUUGAUUAGCAUCGACCUUGGGUGAUCGAUUAUGAAACCGCGUAACAAAAGGUACAAUAUUAGGUGGAUACGAUUGCAUUGAUAAUGUUAGGGGUAUUGGUUUCUUUUCGUGGUAAAGCUCAAUAUUGCCACGAUCGACAAGAUAAAAAGAAAAAUGGUUUUACUAAAAUGUUUACUGUCAGUUUUAAUCAGUCUUUCCUAAUUUAAACAAAGAGUGGAUAAGGCGAAUCAAUACAAGGUGCACUGGAAAAUCAAAAUGUGUUUUUCAUAUCAACCCAAAUGGUUUCCAGAGGCUUUCUAAAAUGGCUACCGGCCGUUCUUCUUCCUGCCUCUGCAGGAAGUGAUGUAACUGCUGCAAAAUAUAUACUUUAAAAGCCUCUUACUCUUUCUCACUCUGGCAAGUGAAAUGAAAACUUCCCCUUUGAGGUUUGGGUCCUGGGCUUGACAAUGUACACAAGUUUAUUUUCGAGGAAAAAUUAAAAAGCAUAAUGUGAGGGGGCGGGACUUAGCCAUCACCUGAGUGUGGGGUAAAUGGAAAUAACGUCAAUCAAAAGCUUUCAGAGCAGGGAAGGAGCUCUAGAUGGCGGCUGAGCCUUGGGAAGGGAGCCACGGCUGCGUUACACCCUUCGUCUCGCUGGGGGCUUUUUUCCGCCCCUUACCGCUUGUUUUCGGACUCUAACUGCGAGCCGAGGCUGUUUUGCCGGGAUUAUUCGUGUUUUGUGCGGGUUUCGUGCUGGUUUUCGGCUCCGCCGAGCCGCUCCGUGCCGGGGGAAGGCUCGUCGUUGUUUUCCAUACUGGGCUCUGGCAGCCAUGGCGCGCCUCCAUUUUUAGCGAGCUGCUGCUGCUCGUCUCUGUCUCUCUGAGCCUGUCACCAUCUGAAGACUCACAGGCCUGCCAGCUUUAUCAAACUACUCUUUUCACCCCUAAUUUAUUUACUUAUUAUCUUUAUCUUCUAUUUUUUAACGUAAUUUCGAAUCGGAUUGAUAUUUAAAAGACCGAACGAGAAUCUAUUCAUUUACAGGCUGGCAUCGUUCUCCACUUCCAUUUGUUGUGUUUACAUUGUGCGGAGCUUAAAUUACUCGUUUUCUUACCUUUAUAAUAUUAUUUUUCUUCUGCUUGAACUGAUGACGCAGUUACAAAUAACGGCAUGCGGCUCGAUCCGUGCACCGUACUGAAAGGGACACGGCGGAUAUUCGGCUUCGUCGCGUCGACAGCUGACAUUUCUCCUGACAUCUACCUGAAUUCUAUGUAAACAAUGAUCCGCGAAUCCUCCGAUUUAAAGCCGUUUUCGUCCGUCGUGUCGCGCCGCCCGAGCCCCAGCUGCCACCCGAGCGAAGUCGAUCCGACGGGACUCGUGUGAGGAUAGUUCAUGCCUCCUCUUAACUUUCUGACAGUAAAUACCAGGACAAAAGAUCACCCCAUCAGCUUUUCAGGAUUACUACCAUGAUGAAGAACAAAAGCAAAAAGCAAGACGAUGAAGGAUCGACUCAAAGCAACGCAUCAAGCAACUCUGCUUCAGAGGAAUCCAACCACUCUGCAUCGGAGUCAGGGAGUCAGUCAGAGAGCGAGCAUGGCAGCGAACACGCCAGCGAGCAUGCCAGCGAGCACGGCAGCGAGAGGAGGAGAUCCCACAACUCUGAGUCCAACAGCUCGUCCGAGUCGGAGAGUCACUCGGAGUCGGGGAGCGAGUCGGCCGAGUCCAAAUCACAGCAGAACGCAGCGGAAGUCAAAGACAAGCCAGUCAGGAAGAAGGAACGACUGGCAGAUGUGAAGAAGAUGUGGGAAGAGCACCCAGACGUUUACGGCGUCAGGAGAUCGAACCGCAGCAGGCAGGAGCCGGCUCGGUUAAACAUCGGAGCUGGGGGGAGCAGUGGCUCCGAGAGUGAAAGUCCUAAAAGAAAAACAUCACGAGCAAAGAAAAAAGAAAAUAUCUGGAAAGAUGAUGACUCAAAUGAUGAUGAUGAUGACGAGGAGGAGGAGGAGGAGGAGGAAGCUUCCGACAGUGCAGACAGUGAGCAGGAAGAGAAAAAAGUUAGAUCCAGAAGACUUCCUACUCGAAGAUCUCAGACCAAAUCGUCGUCGACGGCCAAAAAGCAGCUGGCUCAGAAAGGGAGGAAGUCCAGGAAGCAGGAGUCGUCGGGAGAGGAGGACGACGACGAUGAAGACGACGACGACGAAGAUGACGAUGACGAGGACACUCCAAAGAGACAGACUCGAAGGAGAGGAGCCACAAAGGUCAAAAGUUACAAAGAGGACCAACACGACUUUGAAACGGACUCGGACGACCUGAUCGAAAUGACGGGCGACGCCUGCGAGGAGCAGCAGGACGACGACAGUGAGACCAUCGAGAAGGUCAUGGACACCAGGACGGGAAAAAAAGGAGCCACCGGGGCGUCCACCACUGUGUACGCCGUGCAGGAGAACGGCGAUCCGUGCGAGGGCUUCGACCCCGAGAACGACGAAGGGGAAACUCAGUAUCUGAUCAAGUGGAAAGGCUGGUCGUACAUCCACAACACGUGGGAGAGCAUGGACUCGCUCACACAGCAGAAGGUCAAGGGCCUGAAGAAACUCGACAACUACAAGAAGAAAAGCGAGGAGCUGAACUCCUGGCUGAGGAAAGCGUCCCCCGAGGACGUGGAGUUUCACAACUGCCAGCAGGAGCUCACGUCCGACUUGAGCAAGCAGUUCCAGAUCGUGGAGCGAGUCAUCGCAACAAAAACAGGAAAAACACCUGGAACGUCUGACUUUCCCUCUCACAGUCAUAAAACCCCAUCCUCCAACGAACCGGAGUACCUAUGCAAGUGGAUGGGUUUGCCCUACUCCGAGUGCAGCUGGGAGGACGGCGCUCUGGUCAGGAAGAAGUUUGAGCUCUGCAUCGACAGCUUCCUGAGCCGAAACUCCAGCAAAACCGUCCCGUCGAAGGACUGCAAGGUGUUAAAGCAGAGACCGAGGUUCGUUGCUCUGAAGAAACAGCCGUCGUACAUCGGCGAGGACAACCUGGAGCUGAGGGAUUAUCAGCUGGAUGGGCUGAACUGGCUGGCUCACUCCUGGUGCAGGUGCAACAGCGUCAUCCUCGCCGACGAGAUGGGGCUGGGAAAGACCAUCCAGACCAUCUCCUUCCUGUCGUACCUCUUCCACCAGCACCAGCUGUACGGCCCCUUCCUGCUGGUGGUGCCUCUCUCCACGCUCACCUCCUGGCAGCGCGAGUUCGCCACCUGGGCGCCGGACAUGAACGUGGUGGUGUACCUGGGGGACGUCAUGAGCAGGAAGACGAUCCGGGACUACGAGUGGGUGAACCAUCAAACCAAACGGAUCCGUUUCAACGCGCUGCUGACCACGUACGAGAUCCUGCUGAAGGACAAGGGCGUGCUGGGGAACAUCAACUGGGCGUUUCUGGGCGUGGACGAGGCCCACAGGCUGAAGAACGACGACUCCCUGCUCUAUAAGACGUUGAUGGAGUUCAGGUCCAACCACCGGCUGCUCAUCACCGGCACGCCGCUGCAGAACUCCCUCAAGGAGCUGUGGUCACUGCUGCACUUCCUCAUGCCUGACAAGUUCGAUUCCUGGGACGACUUUGAGGACGAGCACGGGAAAGGACGGGAGAACGGUUACCAGAGUCUCCACAAAGUCCUGGAGCCCUUCCUGCUCCGGCGCGUCAAGAAAGACGUGGAGAAAUCUCUGCCGGCCAAAGUGGAGCAAAUCCUCCGCGUGGACAUGACCGCGCAGCAGAAGCAGUUCUACAAGUGGAUUUUAACAAGGAACUAUAAGGCUCUCGCCAAAGGCACCCGGGGCAGCUCCUCCGGCUUCCUCAACAUUGUAAUGGAGCUUAAAAAGUGCUGCAACCACAGUUUCCUCAUCAAACAGCCCGAGGAGGGAGACGCCGAGACGCAGCAGGAGCACCUGCAGAAUCUUGUGAGAGGCGGAGGGAAACUGGUUCUGCUGGACAAGCUGCUGACCAGACUGAGAGAAAGAGGCAACCGAGUCCUCAUCUUCUCCCAGAUGGUCCGGAUGUUGGACAUCCUGGCCGAGUACCUGGCGAAAAAGCGAUACCCGUUCCAGCGGCUGGACGGAUCCAUAAAGGGAGAAAUCCGAAAGCAGGCGCUGGACCACUUCAAUGCCGAAGGCUCCGAGGACUUCUGCUUCCUGUUAUCCACCAGAGCCGGAGGUUUAGGUAUCAACUUGGCCUCGGCCGACACUGUAGUUAUCUUUGACUCUGACUGGAAUCCUCAAAACGACCUGCAAGCGCAAGCAAGAGCUCACAGGAUCGGCCAAAAGAAACAGGUAAACAUCUAUCGGCUUGUCACGAAGGGAACGGUGGAGGAGGAGAUCAUCGAGAGGGCGAAGAAGAAGAUGGUCCUGGACCAUCUUGUCAUUCAGAGAAUGGACACCACCGGGCGCACAGUCCUCGACAGCAACUCCAGCACUACCAAUUCAAACCCCUUCAACAAGGAAGAACUGACUGCUAUUCUCAAGUUUGGGGCGGAGGAGCUUUUCAAGGAGCCAGAGGGGGAGGAGUCUGAGCCGCAGGAGAUGGAUAUUGACGAGAUCUUGAGGCUGGCCGAGACGAGGGAAAGUGACCAAGGUUCAAGUGCGACGGAUGAGCUUCUGUCACAGUUUAAGGUGGCCAACUUCUCCAGUAUGGAAGAGAGCACUCAGGACUUCGAGGAGAAGCCUGUGCGGGAGUGGGACGACAUCAUUCCCGAGGAGCAGCGGCGCAAAAUUGAGGAGGAGGAGAAGCAGCGAGAGAUGGAGGACAUCUUUAUGCUGCCCCGAAGCAGAAGCUCCAACAAGCGGGCUCAGGCCAACGACAGUGACAGCGACGUCGGCUCCAAGCUGAAGAACCGCUCUUCAGGCUCCGACAGCGAGACCGACGACAGCGACGAUGACAAAAAGCCCAAAAGGAGAGGACGGCCAAGAGCUCGCAAAAACAACGUGGAGGGUUUCACCGACGCCGAGAUCCGAAGGUUUAUUAAAGCAUACAAGAAAUUUGGGUCUCCACUUGAAAGGUUGGAAGCAAUUGCCCGUGACUCCGAGCUCGUGGACAAAUCGAUCGCGGACCUGAAGAGACUGGGCGAGCUGAUCCACAGCAGCUGCGUGGCGGCGGUGCAGGAGCACGAAGAGCACCUGAAGGAAAACCCAGUCGAUGCCAAAGGUCCUGGGAAACGGCGAGGAAUCAACAUCAAGAUCUCAGGAGUCCAAGUCAACGCCAAGUCCAUCAUCCAGCACGAGGAGGAGUUCGAGCCGCUGCACAAAGCUGUGCCUGCCAACCCGGCCGAGAGGAGCAACUUCAAGCUGACGUGCCGGGUGAAAGUGGCUCACUUCGACGUGGACUGGGACCUGCAGGACGACGUCCAGCUGCUGCUCGGAACCUACGAGCACGGCUUUGGCAACUGGGACCUGAUCAAGACUGAUUCUGACCUCAAGCUUGCUGAUAAGAUUCUCCCAGACGACCCCAGCAAGAAGCCUCAAGCCAAACAGCUGCAGGCCAGAACCGAGUAUCUCCUCAAACUGCUCAAGAAGGAACAAGACACUUCAGAUGUGUCCAAGACCGGAGAGGAGGUCAAAGUGAAGAAGAGGAAGCCGCGGGUGAAAAAGGAGAACAAGGUUCUUAAAGACGAGCAGGGCAACGACAUUUCCUCCCCGCGCCUGUCCGACAACCCGUCAGAGGAGGGCGAGGUCAAGGAAGACGGAGCAGAGAAGUCCCCCGUCAAGAAGAGACAAAAGAAGAAAGACAACAAAGAGAACAAGGAAAAGCAGGGGACUCCGAAGAAAGAGAAAGACGGGGACAAAGAGAAGAAGGGCGCCAAGUCCAGGAAAGAAAAGGCGAAAGCCACCAAAGGCAAAAAGCCUCAAGGUCCGGUUCACAUCACAGCCGGGUCCGAGCCCGUCCCCAUCGAGGGGAAAGAGGACGAUGAGCUGGACCAGGAAACUUUCAGUAUUUGUAAGGAACGCAUGAGGCCAGUGAAAAAAGCCCUGAAGCAGCUGGACAAACCGGACGAGGGUCUGUCGGACCAGGAGCAGCUGCAGCACACACGCACCUGCCUGCUGAAGAUUGGAGACCGGAUCACAGAGUGCCUUAAAUCCUACAGCGACCCCGAACACGUCAAAAUAUGGCGGAGAAACCUCUGGAUUUUUGUGUCCAAGUUCACCGAGUUUGGCGCGAGGAAGCUUCACAAGCUCUACAAAAUGGCACAGAAGAAGCGAUCGCACGAGGAGGAAAAGGAACAAAAGAAAAAGGACGAUUCUUCGGGGAGAGGGAAAUCAUUCAGGCCAGAGGCGUCCGGCUCCAGCCGGGACUCCACCGGGACUCAGCCGUCCUCCAAAUCGUCGCACUCCAAUCAGCCCGGCCCGCACGGUCACCACAGAGAGCCGUACAAUAUGGCCAACAAGCGGCACUUUGGCAACGACGAUCGAGGCGACUGGCAGAGAGACCGGAAAUACAACUACCCGAGCAACAGCAACUCGUCGUGGCAGGGAGACCGGCACCACCCGUACGACCCCCACCGCUACAAAGACCACUACUCCGACCGCCGUCCGCACGGAGACAUGUACCGCAGCUCGGGCAGCUACCGCAACAACAACUCCCCCCGGAAGCGGCCGUACGAGCCGUACGGCAACGACCGCGACCACAGGGGCCACCGGCCCUACUACGACAGGCAUCCGGACCCCAAAAGGAGACGUCCCGACGACUUCCGUCCCAGCUACCACCAGGGGAGAGACGGCCCCUCUCAGGACUUCAGGAGGAUGCCGGACCACAGGCCGCCGGGCCCGCCCGGGCCGGAGCACUACAGCCGGCCCUUCCACCCGGACAAACCCCCGCCGCUGCUGGACCCUCGCUCCCCGCAGGCGCAGAAGUCUCCCCAGGACUCGCGCUCGCCGCACGAGCGCCCGGCGGAGCCCGGCGCCGCCAUGCCGGACCCCAACUGGAACAGCAGGAAAACAUAAAAAAAGCCGCGACGUGCAGAGACUGAUCGGAGCGUCUCGCCCAGGGCCGAGGCCUCGCGCCGCCGCCGACACACAGACACAUCUGGACUCGCCAAGUAUAAGCUCACAGUUGAAAAAGGGAAUCAACGUGCUCCCCAUUUACCAGCAGACGGUUUAGCUCCUUUCCUCCCGUGACUGUGGCGGAGAAUGAUCAGUGCCCUGCAGGAAGAAGAAGGAAGAAGAUAAAAGAAAAAAAAGACUGAACUAUCCAUGUUUAUUUAAUUGAACUGGCUCAUCAGCUUCUCGUGGUAAAACUGAGUGGAACACAUUCUGAUGCUUAGUCCCAUGGACUAUGAUACAAGGAAAGUUUAGGAUACAUGAACUGAUGAGUGAUCUCAAUCCUAAAAGUGCCUGAAGGUUGUUGUUUUUUUUUUUUUUUUGUUACCUUUUUGAACGGUAAAUGUAUGGGAUCACUCCCAAAAGGAACCUCGACACGGACGACGUCGUCCUCUGUGUUUAGCUUUAAGUCUCGUAAAUGAAGUCGUCGGAUCUCAUGAUUGUAGAAAGUGUGACGGGCCGCCGCGCCUCCUGAAGCGUUCCACAUGUAGCCGAGAAGCAAUCGUGAGGCUUGGAAAAAGGUGAUUCUCCCGAAACGCGCCAGUAUGUUUCAUGUUCCGAACACGUCUCGCUUUCUUCACGUGUACAAAGGACGGUGUUUUCUGUACCGGUGUCUCUGUAUAGAUCAUUGCAAUCCUCCUGCUCUGUUCACUUUAACCACUUCCCUCCUGGUAGGCCCAAUGAAACGAAAGCUUUCGGAAGCAGUAUUUAUUAAAACGGCUUGUUAGAAGGAUCAUAACACUAUGAAUUGGAACAAUCGCGUACAUUUUCACCUUUCAGUGUUACCAUGGUUAGAAUUGGUACUUCUGCGUGGUUUCUCCAGCCUGUCCUGAGUAUUGAGUUUUGUCUGAACAGUAUUUUAGACAGUGAAAGUCUCUGUCGGUGUGUUCAGUCGCUCUUCUCGUGCCAAAUCUCCAACUCUGAUCAUCGUGGUUUUUCUCCGUUUGUGCCUUAUUUAUGUAUAUUUCCAUGCUGUUCAUUGGUUUCACCGACAGUACCGAGGGCACGCACAACAAAGAUGGAGUCACUUCAUAGGAAACGUGAUGCAACUGGCCCACUUUAGUGAAAUCCGACGGAGAGACCACGUGCGGUUCAGUGAUUUCCUAAAGCGUCGAUUUGGGGGG